AUGGUUGUUAUGUCCCAGGGGCCACCUUUCUACGGGCAUCUGCCUUCAGUCUCUGCCCAUUUAAAAGCCAUAUUGAGGCAGUCCGUGCAAGUCUUCGGACGCAAGAAGACCACCACAGCCUUGGCACACUGCAAACGGGGCAACGGCCUUAUCAAGGUGAACGGCCGACCUCUGGAGAUGAUUGAGCCCUGCACGCUGCAGUACAAGCUCCUGGAACCUGUUCUGCUUCUGCGUAAAGAAGGCUUUGCCGGUGUGGACAUUCGAGUCCAUGUGAAGCGUGGUGGUCAUGUUGCCCAGAUUUAUGCAAUCCGCCAGUCUGUCUCCAAAGCCUUGGUUGCCUAUUACCAGAAAUAUGUGGAUGAGGCCUCCAAGAAGGAAAUCAAAGACAUCCUCAUCCAGUAUGACCUGACCUUGCUUGUAGCUGACCCUCGUUGCUGCGAAUCCAAGAAGUUUGGAGGCCCUGGGGCCCGUGCACGUUACCAGAAAUCCUACCGAUAA